AUGCCAAGUACGGAGCCUUCGGACUGCACUAAAGCCGAUGCUAAUCUCACCCUAUACGACGGUGCAGGCGACAAUGCCCCAAUAUUCGCCACCUUCUGCGGCGACACUAGUGGUCCUAAGGUACCGCUACUAGGAGAGCCGAUCACGAUGACGUCAUCGAGUGCAAUGCUACGGUUCAAAGGCAAUGGUGGAGCGUUUUCGAUCAGAUGGGAGACCAAAAAGCGCGAGUGUGGCUACCGUACGAAUCUUGCUUCUGGAGUGCUCGUGGUGCCUCCUCAUCACAUGGACACCUCUUGUGAUUGGUUCAUAUCGGCGCCGAUGAAUAAGCACAUCGAAAUCGAGAUUCCUUCAGUCGGAGAUGACUAG